AAAGACAAAGACAAGGAUGAGCACUCCAAGUGGGAAGUCAAGGAUGCUCAAAUCAUGGCAUGGAUUCUAGGAUCUGUGGAAUCCAACAUCAUCUUGAAUCUUCGACCCUUCAAAACUGCAGCUGAAAUGUGGAAUUAUCUAAAAAAACUCUACAGUCAACACAACACUGCUCGUCGAUUUCAACUUGAACAUGAGCUAGCAAAUCUUCAACAGGGCAGUCUCACUAUCUCUGAUUUUUAUUCUAGCUUCAUAAAUCUUUGGGUUGAAUAUACUGAUAUUGUCUAUGCUACCUUACCGCCCGAAGGUCUUAGCUCUGUUCAAUGUGUACAUGAAAUUACUAAGAGGGAUCAAUUUCUUAUGAAACUAAGAUCUGAAUUUGAAAGCACCAGGUCUAAUCUGAUGAAUCGAGAAACAGUCCCAUCCUUGGAUGCAUGUCUCAAUGAUUUAUUUCGCGAAGAGCAACGACUUCUUACUCAAGCCACCAUGGAACAACUUAAAUCCACUUCUGUUCCUAUGGCUUAUGCAGCUCAAGGUAGGCCAAAAGGUAGGGACAUGAGUACUAUUCAGUGUUUUUGUUGCAAAGGAUUUGGCCAUUAUGCUUCAAAUUGUUCAAAAAAAUUUUGCAACUAUUGCAAAAAGGAUGGGCAUAUCAUCAAGGAAUGUCCUAUUCGACCCCCCAAGAGAUCUGGAACAGCAUAUACUGUCUCAGUUGGUUCCUCUAGUGCUGGUAGUUCUGUGGAUACAGCACAUCUGACACAAAGUGCUCCUGCUCCUGUUCAAUCUGUGACACCUGAAAUGAUUCAACAAAUGAUCAUUUCUGCAUUUUCCGCAUUAGGACUCUCAGGAUCAGCAUUCGGGGAAGAUGAUCGCAAGGGGGCCUAAAGUAGGACGACUUUUUCCUCUUCAAUUUCCUAUGUCUCCAUGUUCCUCUUUACCUGUUAUCACUUGUAAUUCUACUUAUGUUGAUUAUCGAGCAUGGCAUAAACGUCUUGGACA